AAAAACCCGUACCACAACCACAUCAAGUCUUCAAGUGGCCAAAAUUCUUGCAAACACUCAGACUCCAACUAACCGUUGUGUCUGAAAUGGCGCUUCGAACUCGAAUUCUUAGUCCCUUCCUAUCAUUCCGAAUCUUCUCUCCUCUCCUUUCUCUAAAUUAUCCGAACCUCUUCACCACCCAAAGCGAUGCCGUACCGACCCUCGACCUCCCGAAACUGGAGCCCUCAAACGACGCCGAUUUGCUCUCCCAAAUCCUACUGACGCAUCACAACCCGUUCCACGCCAUGGAGUCUUCUCUCCAACUCCACGGAAUCUCUCUCUUUCCUCACCUCCUCAACCAAACCCUACUCCGCCUCCGACACUCUUCCAAAAUUGCGCUCGCCUUUUUCCACUUUUCCCAAUCUACCCCUCCCCAUGCUCCUGCCGCACCCUCAUCGUACAACCUCAUUAUCGACAUCCUCUCUAAAGUCCGGCAAUUCGACAUAGUUUGGCAACUCAUCCUCCAGAUGGACCAACAAAACAUCUCUCCCAUCUCCUCCGCUUUUUUUAUUUUAAUCCGCCGGCUCAUUGCUGCCGGCUUGACUCGCCAGGCUGUUCGAGCUUUUGAUGAUAUGAAAUGCUUUGUAGAGAAGAAUGAAAUUGAUGAUGAAGUUGGUUUAUGUUUCUUGCUCGACACGCUCUGUAAGUAUGGAUAUGUGAAAGUGGCUAUUGACGUUUUUUAUAGGAAGAAACAUGAAAUUAGACUGAAUGUGAAAAUGUACACGAGUUUGAUAUAUGGGUGGUGUAAAAUCAAUCGAAUUCACAUGGCAGAGAGGCUUUUGAAUGAGAUGAUUGAGCAAGGGAUUGAGCCCAAUGUGGUGACUUACAACGUGUUCCUAAAUGGGGUUUGCAGGAAGGCGAGUUUGCAUCCGGAUGAGAGGUUUGAGAGGACAAUAAUGAGAGCGGAGAAAGUGUUCGAUGAAAUGCGUGAGAGAGGGAUUGAACCGGAUGUGACGAGUUUUUCGAUUGUUUUACAUGUGUAUAGCCGGGCGCAUAAACCCCAGUUGACGAUGGAUAAGUUGAAGUUGAUGAAGGAAAAAGGAAUUUGUCCUAGCGUUGUAACUUAUACUUCUGCUGUUAAGUGUCUUUGUUCAUGUGGGAAACUAGAGGACGCUGAGGAUUUGCUUGAUGAGAUGGUGAGGAAUCGGGUAAGUCCUUCUGCGAUGACUUAUAAUUGUUUCUUUAAGGAGUAUAGAGGAAGGAGAGAUGCAGAUGGUGCGUUGAAGUUGUAUAGGAAGAUGAAGGAGGAUGGCUUGUGCGCACCGAGUGGGCAUAGUUAUAAUAUAUUGUUGGGGAUGUUUAUGAAGUUGAAUCAAAUGGAGAUUGUGAAGGAGAUCUGGGAUGAUAUGAAAGGAAGUGGGGUAGGUCCAGAUUUGGAUUCUUACACCAUGAUGAUUCACGGGUUGUGUGAAAAACAAAAGUUGAAAGAGGCUUCUCAGUUCUUGGUUGAGAUGAUAGAGAAGGGGUUGCUUCCUCAGAUGGUUACUUUCGAGACCCUUUAUAAGAGAUUGAUACAGUCUGGUAUGUUGAGAACUUGGAGAAGAUUGAAAAAGAAGCUUGAUGAAGAGUCCAUAACAUUUGGCUCAGAGUUUCAAAAUUAUCAUUUAAAGCCAUAUAGGAGAUGAUGCAUCAUCAAACACUGAGUUCUGUGGAUGAGACUCUUAUUGGUGGUCAUUUAUUGAAUCGAGGGCUGCAAUUGAUGGAACUGGGUUCAAUGUUCAAGUAGCUUUUUCCCAUAAGAGGUCUUGUGGCUGCUAUGUAAAGGUUUCAGAACUAGAUAAAGGUUAUGCAUCACCAUAUAUUAAUUUACUUUAUGCUAAAUUUGAACCGCAACUGAAUAACAGGCUUAUGUUUGUGAAAUACUGUACAGAAUCUUAGAUGACCAGCAUCUCAGUUUAAAGGGGAAGAUCAGAUUUGUUCUGGCUGCACAGCAGUGGAAGAUGAACAGUAUUAGAAAAUAAAUCUACUGAUCGAUUUACCUAUUGUUUGUGAGGUUGCUCAACUAUUUAUUGUAUUGAUUGUUUUUCUAGUGGACCGAGUAGACAGUGCAGGCUGUCAAAAUUCAAAACCUGUCAUCAGUCAGUGAGCCAUUUGCCGGAUAGAAAAUAGAAAUGCUUCAUUGAAUUAUAAUUUAUGAGGUAGGUGCUAUGACUCAAAUGAAAUGGAAAUACGAGGUAAACUAAAUUUCUUGGGUGAAAAGAUUGAUGGGAAUAAUAAUGAUACUCUUCUCGUGAA